UCCUAGGGAAUAUGCUGGCAUUAUCAUCAACAGCCAACAUAUAAGCUGCGAUGUCUACCAUAUAGCUCUUUUGCCACACAGUAUACUAAUUAGAUAAAAGUAUGGUCAUAGUACGGAGCACGCAUCAAUGGCCCUAGCUCAAGAAAAUCAGAGGAAUCCGCGUGAAGAGUGAAUGAUCUACGCCCGUAGCUCAUGCGUUCGACGCUUGUGUCUUAGGUUACAUAAGUUGGACAUCACGCGCUGGCGUUUAACCCUUCUCUUACAUGUCUUGGUUAAGUGCGAAGCAGAUAGAACUACCAUUUAUUCCAUGUAUGUAGGUCGAACUAUGAUCAGCAUGCAACACUAUGUCCAAAUUUGCUAUGCAGCCCCCCCGGGCCUCCUACAAAGCAUUUGCGACAUCAUGAAAUGGCACACGUCUUCAUCAGACCAAUAGCUGAGAUGGCUAGCAAUACUAGCAAUCAUUGAUAUAUCGAAGGCCCCCCUGUGACAGAU